AUGAGUAUGUCCCAAGAGCAACUAUCGAAUGUUAUGGAAUUACUGGCAGGAGCAAUUCGCUCUGCAGUUGCAGAUGUGGCGCAGACUGCAUCCAUGGGUUUUUCGUCGCCUUCAUCUUCUGCAGAAUUGAAUUCAAAACCACCACAAUUUUCAAUGGUCGAAUAUAAACAAGAAGAUGGAGGAUCAGUUUCUGAUUAUUUUACUAGGUUCGACUGGGCGUUGCAGUUGUCGAGAGUUGCAGAAACUGAGUAUGCAAAUUACGCACGUGUGCAUAUGGGCACACAACUGAAUACAGCUUUAAAAAUAUUAACAAGUCCGAGAUCGCCAGGAGAAUUAAAUUAUGCUGAAAUCAAAGACAUUCUGAUUCGUCAUUUCGAUGGAAAGAAAAAUAAAUAUGCAGAAAGCGUGAAAUUUAGACAAAUGAAACAAGAACCGGGAGAAUCAGUAGCAAAAUUUAGUCUUCGAUUGAAAAAUGGAGCAGUUUUCUGCGAGUACGGCCAAUUUUUAGACAGGAUGCUAAUUGAGCAGCUUUUAAUGGGGCUAGAAUCUGCAACUAUUUGUGAUGAACUGAUUGCAAAACAACCACAGAGCUUUAGUGAAGCAUACGAGAUAGCUUAUGCUAGAGAACUAACUCAUCAUGCAACAAAAGAAGUUAAAUCCAGCAAUGAGCCUUCGCAACCGGAACAGACAUUCAAGUUAGGUUUUGCUCCAGUUAAAACCAAAAAUAAAAAUAGUAAAUCUGAUGCUGUAUUUCCAAAUAAAGGUAAAUGUUACGGGUGUAAUGGGAAUCACACGAGAAACAACUGUAAAUUUAAGAGUGCGAAAUGCUUCGCUUGCGGUAAAAUCGGCCAUAUUUCUAAGGUAUGUAAAAGUAAAACUGGUCAAGUAACGAUGGAACAGGACGAAGAAAACGAUUCUGUUGAGCAAUUGCGUUUUAUAAAUAAAAUUAAAUUUUCAAAACCGUAUGAAAAGAAAAUGAUAUUUGUGAGUAUCGAUGGUAGGAAAUUGGAAAUGGAGCUUGAUACUGGUGCUCCUUGUAGUAUAAUUAGCAAGAAACGCUUACGUGCUAUCAAACCCUAUUACACUUUACAUAAAUCUGACAGAAAAUUUGCUAGCUAUACAGGUCACUCAAUAAAUUGUAUUGGCAGAGUUGUAGUAAAUGUGACUUUGGGAAAAACUUCUCGUGUCUUGAAUUUAUAUGUUGUAGAAGAUGAUUUAGACACUUUGUGCGGCCGUGAAUGGAUAAGUCAUUUUGCACACGAUAUUAAUUUUUCAGAUCUAUUCGCAUCUACACCGCCAAAUAAUAACUCUCCAAACGAUAGCUUUAGUUUAAAUACUAUUACUUCCGAUGUAUCGAUAUUAAAUUCUAUUGAAAAAAAUCAACUACAACAAAUUGUAGAUAAAUUUGAUGAUGUAUUUGGAAGUUCAGCUGGAAAGCUUAAAUGUCCUCCUAUAAAGAUUCAUAUGAAGCCGAAUGCUAGACCCAUAUUCGCUAGACCAAGAGAAGUUCCUUUAGCUUUAAGAGAAGCAUAUGCCAAGGAAAUUGAUGCUAAAAUUGCUGCCGGUUAUUAUAAAAAAGUCGAAUUCUCAGAAUGGGCUUCCACGACCCAUGUAGUAACUAAAAAAAAUGGAGCUAUACGUAUUACUGGAAACUAUAAACCUACGGUCAACCCUCAAAUGAUUAUCGAUGAGCAUCCUAUUCCAAAACCAGAAGAUUUAUUCAACAGAAUUAAGGGUGCUACAAUGUUUGCUCAUCUAGAUGUUACCGACGCAUAUACGCAUUUGCCAAUAGAUGAAGAGUUUGGACAUGUUCUUACCUUAAAUACUAUUACUCAUGGCCUUAUACAACCCACUCGUGCAGUCUAUGGGGCUGCAAAUAUUCCAGCAAUAUGGCAGCGAAAAAUGGAAGAAGUUUUAAAAGGAUUACCUAAUUGUCUUAAUUUCUUCGAUGAUAUACUAUUAUUUGCAAAAGAUUUUAAUGAAUUACAACAAAUUUUAGAUUUGACUUUGGCCCGAAUUAGACAGUGUGGUCUUAAAUUAAACAAAUCGAAGUGUGUUUUUGCAGCAACGUCAGUGGAAUUUUUAGGGCAUUUAAUUGAUGCCAAGGGUAUACAUAAGUCAAAUAAGCAUAUUGAAUCUGUAUUGAACGCACCGAAACCAAACUCUUUAGAAGACUUACAGCUAUUUCUAGGUAAAGCCUCAUACUAUAGUGCCUUUAUUCCGGAUCUAGCAACCCGUGAGAGGCCAUUACGAGAUAUUCUAAAAUCAAAGGUAUUUUCAUGGAAUUUAAUCGCGGAUGCUGCUUACAACGAUAUUAAGAAAAUUUUAGUAUCUCCACAAGUUUUAAUAUCAUAUGAUCCAAAACUACCAUUAUUGUUGGCAACGGAUGCUAGUAAAACUGGCUUGGGCGCGGUAUUGUCUCACCGUUUACCUAAUGGCGAAGAACGACCUAUAGCAUACGCAAGUAGAACAAUGAGUGUGACAGAACAACGUUACUCUCAAAUAGAUAAAGAGGCUUUGGCCAUAGUAUGGGCCGUUCAAAAAUUCUUUAAAUAUUUAUAUGCACGGCAUUGGACAUUAAUAACCGAUCACAAGCCACUUACUCAGAUUUUGCACCCUAGUAAAUCGCUUCCAGUUCUUUGUAUUUCUCGUAUGGCAAACUAUGCCGAUUUUUUAAGUAACUUUGACUUCGAGAUAAUAUAUAAACCAUCCAAAGAGAAUAUUAAUGCAGAUUACAUGUCACGUAUUGUUCCAGAUAAUUCAGUAAAGUCACAAUGCAACGAAAAUUAUGUAAUUACUGAAUACGACGAGUUUGAUACUUUUAUUUUCCGACAAAUUAACCAGUUACCCGUUACAGCUGAAAAAAUUGCCAAUGAAACCCGUAAAGAUUCAGUACUUGGAAAAAUAGUUGCAAUAUUAGAGAAAGGACAUUCGUUGGCAAAAUAUGGUUAUACUGCACCAGAAUCGAAUUAUAGACUCUCAGGUAAUUGCUUAAUAUUCGAACACAGAGUUGUAAUUCCACAAAAGUUUCGAAAAGACAUUCUUCAAAAUCUACACGCAGCUCAUUUAGGGAUGGUAAAAAUGAAAGGUAUUGCUCGUUCCUUUGUGUAUUGGCCAAAAAUCGAUGCAGAUAUUGAAGCAGUGGCAAAAGACUGCAACGAUUGUGCAAGAGUAGCAAAUAAACCUAAGAAGUAUACAGAUCAUCACUGGGAAUAUCCCAAAGGUCCUUGGGAACGAGUGCAUAUAGAUUAUGCUGGCCCUUUCGAGGGUAUGAUGUUACUAAUUAUUACAGAUGCCUAUAGCAAAUGGCUGGAUGUGAAAAUAACUAAAUCUAUAACAGCUGAGGCAACAAUUGCAUUAGUCGAUGAAGUUUUUGCAAAUUACGGUGUUCCAGCGAUGGUAGUAUCCGAUAAUGGUACAAAUUUCUCAUCAGAAGAGUUUAACAAAUACUUGACGGCUGUGGGAGUCAGAUAUCAUAAAUACACUGCACCUUAUCAUCCCUCUACUAACGGCCAAGCUGAACGUAGCGUUCAAACAGUAAAAAACGCAUUAAAAGCUAUGUGUACAUCAAAACAAACAUUACAACAAAAUCUCAACGAGUUUUUAAGGCAGUAUAAGAAUGCACCUCAUUCAACAACUGGAGUAUCUCCAGCACAACUUUUUCUAGGCCGUCAAAUUCGCACCCGCCUUGAUUUAGUACAUCCAGAAAAUGUUUCUUCUAAAAUAACAAAUAAACAAUUUUUGAAACAACAUGAGCAAUUUAGAGAGUUUCAAGUGGGUGACAAUAUAUAUUUUUUAUCCGGUAAUCAAAAGGAAAGCAAAUGGAUACCAGGUAAAAUAAAUAGGCGUUUAGGCGAUAUUCAUUACGAAAUUCUUUAUGAAAAUAAGUAUGUACGAAGACAUAUUGAUCAAAUUCGUGGUGCUACUCAAGGUGUACAAAAGGAUGUGGUAAAUGGAAACCUGAGUUAUGGAAACAGAAGAUCUGAGGAAAACAGGUCUUAUAGGAGUAUUAUAUAUCCAGAAAAUAUGACUGAUAAUGUUUUAGUCCCCAGACAUCCCGCUCCUAAUCUUCAGCAUCCUGAAAUAAAUUCAAGUUCUCCUAAUAAUGCAAGAGAUCCAGUAAAUGAAGAUAAUGUUGUCCGCUCUCCUGUUCGGGAAAAGGAUACAGAUGAUGAAUUUGAAACACCACAACGCAAGCGCGACGAGAAGAAACCAGUGAACAGUUAA